UUGUUUAUGUUCAAACAGUGAAGGCAAAAAAAAACGCCAAUAACCUUCAAAAAGUUUAAAAUUACCGGUACAAAAGGUGCAUUUUGCAUACUUUUGUUUAUAUUUAUAUUCACCAUUUAUUCAUUUCGAUUAAAGUAUAUUUAUCUUUUUACGCGAGUUUCUUCGAUAUUUAUAUAAUGAAAAUGCUAAUUUCUAGUCGAUAACAAAUAAACAUAGCAUAAUCAUAGUUUACACAUUACAUUUUUGUGAAAUUUGACGCAAAAUUUUUGAGAGUAAAUACAAUGAAUGAAACUGGGGACGUGUCAAUUUUGGAAAAAUUUCAAGAGCCUAAAAAACGUUUUUGGCUGAGAUCUAGAAAGCGUCCAAAAAGCGAUGCCAUUAGUAUUAGUUCAAUGGAUAUUUCCAUUGAUUCCGUGGGUGGAAAAAAGAAACGACGAAGAAUUACUGAAGUUGCCAGUAAUAUAUUUUUUUCAUUACCAUCAGUUUCUGGAUCGGAAAAAAAGCGUAAAAGAGCAAGUAAUAAUCAAUUGGAUGCAUCUUUUUUAUCAUUUGCUGGAACUGAUGUUGACACUCAUAAUACCACAUUAAAACAAAACGAAUUAGCAGGUAAUGUGGCAUUACGUAGUUGGAUGGUUGAUAUUGCUGAGAGCAAUUUAAAAGAUUUAGGUUCAACUUUAAGUCGAAGAGAAGUAAAAAGACAAGAAGCUAUUUAUGAAUUAUAUUGCGGUGAAAAUGUUCUUUUAAAUGAUCUCUCAGCUUUGAGAGAAUCUUACUACGAUCCUCUUCUUUCACUUGAUAUUUUCAAUACUUCCGAAUUGGAUACACUUUUUGGAAAUAUUGACAGUUUCAUUGAAUUGCACAGCGAAUUAAGGGAUAAUUUAGUUAAACUACGUGAUCAAUCUGGUUUCACUGAUAUCGUUGGACCGACAAUAAUCAAUUGGUUUUUGCAGUUAGAAACAUUAUACAUUGAAAGAUGUAGAAAGCAAAUUUGGGCUCGACAUCUUCUUGAAUCGAGAAAAUUGUCAAAUAAACGAUUUCAGGAAUUUAUUAAAAAAAAAUUGGAAACUUCUCACGCUGUUGAUUUAUGGACGUAUUUGGAUGUACCACGUUCGCGUGUUGUUAAAUAUCCACUUUUGGUUAAAGAAAUUCUCAAACAUACACCAUCGGGUCAUCCAGAUGAAAUUUCUCUCAAAGAAUCGCGUGAAAUUUUAUUGAAAUUAUUAAAUGAAAUUGAUAAAGCAAUGGGCGAAGCUGAAUGUCAAUUGGCAAAGACGAAAAUUAAUCCAAAAUCUGAAUUUGAUUCUGACAAAUGCGUUGAAAACGCUGCUGAAUUAAUAACCGAGGGACAACUUCGCGAUUCACGCGGAAUGAAGUAUCAUUGUUUUUUGUUUGACACUUGUAUGGCGUUGACGAGACCCGUGAGACGGACCGUAAGAAGAUAUAAUCUUACUUUUCCAAUUGUGUCAAAUAAAGAACAUUGUUUAGAUAUUGAAUCAACGAGUCAAAAUUUACCAGGAUUUAAAGUUGGUAAACAUUGUUUAUUCGUGGACGAUGAACAUCAAAAACGACAUUGGAUUGAUUCAUUAAAAAGAGUAUUUCAAUUUCAAGAAAAUGAGACAGUUACUGAAAAGGAAAAUAAUCGCUUUCAAAACGUUGAUUUAAAAAAAAGAACAAAAGCAAUGGUGAGGGAGAAUAAUUUUUCCUUUACACUAAGGAGAAAUUUAUUGAGACCAAAAUUAAAUAUAAUCGAAUCUUCGUAAUUAUUUUUUUUUUCCUCUUUUUUA